GCAAAUGAAACUUAUCUUGAUCCUAUUCUCUUUUCUCUUCCUCCUCAAAGCAUCCCAAGAAUUUGAUUUCCAUGAAAAGGAAUUAGAGACCGAAGAGAGCUUAUCGAAGCUCUAUGAAAGGUGGAGAAACCAUCACUCCGUAUCGAGAGCCUCCCACGAGGCAAUAAAGCGGUUCAACGUUUUUAGACACAAUGUGCUUCAUGUACACAAGACUAACAAGAAAAACAAGCCUUACAAACUCAAGAUCAAUAGAUUCGCCGACAUAACUCACCACGAGUUUAGAAACUCCUACGCUGGCUCUAAUAUUAAGCAUCACCGGAUGCUCCGUGGACCCAAACGCGGAUCCGGUGGCUUCAUGUAUGAAAAUGUGACCGGAGUUCCGAUCUCUGUUGACUGGAGAGAGAAAGGAGCUGUCACUGAUGUCAAGAAUCAACAAGAUUGUGGAAGUUGCUGGGCAUUCUCUACGGUUGCAGCAGUAGAAGGAAUAAACAAGAUCAGGACAAACAAACUGGUUUCAUUGUCAGAACAAGAGCUCGUUGAUUGUGACAAUGAAGAGAACCAAGGUUGUGCUGGAGGUCUCAUGGAGCCUGCGUUUGAUUUCAUCAAGAACAAUGGUGGCAUCAAAACUGAAGAGACAUAUCCUUACAAUCCUUAUGACAUUGGAUUCUGCAGAGCUAAAAAUAUUGAGGGAGAAACUGUAACGAUCGAUGGACACGAACACGUCCCUGAGAAUGAUGAGGAAGCACUUCUCAAAGCUGUUGCCCACCAGCCUGUAUCUGUAGCUAUUGAUGCUGGGAGCUCCGAUUUUCAGCUUUACUCUGAGGGUGUGUUCACGGGAGAAUGUGGGACGCAGUUAAGCCACGGGGUGGCAAUUGUCGGGUAUGGAGAGACUGAAAACGGAAUAAAGUAUUGGAUAGUGAGAAACUCAUGGGGAGCAGAAUGGGGAGAAGGAGGCUAUGUUCGGAUAGAAAGAGGAAUAUCUGAAAAUGAAGGACGUUGCGGUAUAGCUAUGGAGGCUUCUUAUCCCAUCAAGUUCUCUUCUAGUUCCUCUGCAGGAACUACUACACAUGAGUCAGUAGCUCCUGAUGAUGUUAAAGACGAGCUCUAGAGAUUUUUAUGAGUCAUGAAGAUGAGACUUCACCGAUUCUUAUAUUGUGGAAGAUAUUAUAUAUGUGAUAUGGUGAUCCGACUCUUGGAGUUUAUUGUUGUAUGUGCUUUUAUAUCAUAUAUUUCAUGGA